GAGGGAGACAUCAAUGCGGCCCAUACAAUCGCCGCCUUAAAUCCCCUCCUCCUACCCGCUCUCCGUCCAUCGCACCGCGCACAUUGCUGACUGGCUCUCCGCCAUUGCUGACUACAACUACCACUGCCUUACCACCACCGCACAGCCAGUAUAUAUACACAGGCUGAAGCGGUGACAGACAAAACGGGCGACUUGAGCGCGGCUUAGCUGUAAACUAGCUACUCACCUCGCACACGCACCAGAGGGCAGAGAAAGCUCGAAGGUGACCGGCGGCGCGCGGACAUGGUGUCCUUCUGCUUCCUGGUGGACCAGCGGCGGAAGGUGCGCAGCAGCAAGCCGGCGGCGGGCAUCUGCUCGCGGUGCGGCGGCUGCGCCAGCGUGGCGGACAUGGAGACGGCGACGCGCCUCUGCUACCUCCUCACCGUGCACCGGGUCACAUGGCGCGCCAUCAUCUGCACCUUCUGCGGCGCCAUGCUCAAGUCCUACCGCCACUACAGGCUCUACUAGGCCGCGCGCGCGUGCUAGGGCUACGUACAGCAGGACCUUAAAUUAAUCAGUCUGCGCGCGCGCGAUGGCCGGCCGGCCACCAUCUCCAUCCUCCCCCCGUCCUUGGUGGCCUUCUUGCGCCAGCCGUCUCGUUUCUUGACGGUGGUGGAGAGGAGUAUGUGCUGCUCCUAGUUUUGCUUUGCUGCUUAAUUUGUUUUUCCAGCAUGCCCUUGAUGCCUUGGGAGAUUGUUGCACUAAGCAUGCAUCUUGUACAUAGUAUUAUGGAUGGAUUAAUUUGAAAUAAUUAAGCUUCCAGCA